GACGUCAGCUGAGGACCACUUUUUUUUUUCCCCCACAGGGUCCACCCCAUGGGUGGAGCCUGCAGUUUCCUGGCCCCGUUGGCUGCCCAGCCGGCGCCUAUAAACUCGUGGCGCCCAGCGCCCGCGCUGCCCGGCCCGGAGCGUGCGGCCCCAGCGCAGACGUUCCCGGUUCCCCGCUGCACGCACGCACGCGCGCCGCCGCCAGCCGGGCUUCGGGCCGCUGCGACCCGCCGGACACGCGCCCCCGCCGGACACGCGCCUUGGCCGGCGGCUGGACACGCGCCGGGCCGGCUGUUGGGCCGCGCAUGCGCCAUGGACCUCGUCGCGCUGCUCAAGUCCCAGUUCCUGUGCCACCUGGUCUUCUGCUACGUCUUCAUCGUGUCGGGGCUCAUCAUCAACGCGCUGCAGUUCCUCAGCCUCCUGCUCUGGCCGCUGGACAAGCAGCUCUUCCGCAAGAUCAACUGCCGCCUGACCUACUGCAUCUCCAGCCAGCUGGUGAUGCUGCUUGAGUGGUGGUCGGGCACCCAGUGCAUCCUCCACACGGACCCCCGGGACUUACCCCACUUCGGCAAGGAGAGCGCCAUCGUGGUCCUCAACCACAAGUUCGACAUCGACUUCCUGUGCAGCUGGAUGCUGUCGGAGCACUUCGGGAUGCUGGGGAACGCCAAGGUGCUGGCCAAGAAGGAGCUGGCCUACGUGCCCAUCAUCGGCUGGAUGUGGUACUUCACCGAGAUGGUCUUCUGCAGCCGCCAGUGGGAGCAGGACCGCAGCACCAUCGCCCGGAGCCUGCAGCGCCUGCGCAACUACCCCGAGCCCUUCCUAUUCCUGAUCCACUGUGAGGGGACGCGCUUCACGGAGAAGAAGCACGAGGUCAGCAUGCAGGUGGCCCGCGCCAAGGGGCUGCCCAGCCUCAAGCACCACCUGCUGCCCCGCACCAAGGGCUUUGCCAUGGCCGUGAGGAACCUGAGAAAUGUAGUUUCAGCUGUAUAUGACUGUACACUCAAUUUCAGAGAUAACGAAAACCCAACGCUCCUGGGAGUCCUCAACGGGAAGAAAUACCACGGGGAUAUGUACAUCAGGCGGAUCCCCCUAGAGGAAGUCCCGGAAGACGAGGACGCGUGUUCGGCCUGGGUACACAAGCUGUAUCAGGAGAAGGACGCCUUCCAGGAGGAGUACUUGCGGACGGGCACGUUCCCCGGGACGCCGGUGGUCACCGCUCGCCGGCCCUGGGCGCUCCUGAACUGGCUCUUCUGGGCCUGCCUGCUGCUCUACCCCUUCUUCCGCUUCCUGCUCAGCCUGGCCCGCAGCGGCUCCUCCCUGACGCUGGCCAGCUGCGUCCUCGUCCUCUUCGCGGGGUCCGUGGGCAUGCGAUGGAUGAUCGGGGUGACGGAGAUCGACAAGGGCUCGGCCUACGGCAACAUGGACAGCAAGAGACACAGCGACUGAGGCGGCCCCAGCUGGCGCCCUCGCUCCCCAAGCGCGAGGGGCGCCCCUCCUGGCUCCAUGGCGUGUGCCAGCUUGGGGGCACCGCGGGGAGGGCAGACAGGCCCGGGCAGCCGAGGCUGCGCCCGAGCCCUGCGGGUCCGCCUGGGGCGGUGGGGGCGGAGCGGGGUGCGUGCCCUCGGCCCUCCGUGCCGAGUCUUGGUCACCCUGUGCCCAGAGGGAGCGAGGUGCUCUGGGAAGACUA